AUGGAGCAAGGAAGAGGAGUUGGUGAUUUUCAUCAACCAUUGCCGAUUGUUAGGAGCUCAAGAGCAAUGGACUACCAUGCAACUCCUCUUCCGCCAAGGGAAUGCCCUCGUUGUCAAUCCAAUGACACAAAGUUUAGCUAUUUUAACAACUACAGUAUGGAUCAACCGAGAUACUACUGUCGAACAUGCAAACGUCAUUGGACCCAUGGUGGCAUUCAACGUGACAUCCCUAGUGGUGGACGGUCCAAAAAGGGAAAGCGAUUUACUACCAGCCAUGAGAAUCAAAGGGUUCAAUUGGCUCUACCAUCACCACCUCAACUCCAACCACUCAGUCUGUUACCAAAUCUUACUCCACUAGCUUUCAUUUCUCCUAUGGUUUCUCCAAUGAUGACACCACAUGACACUAGUGGUGGGUUUCUGCCCCCAAUGGUGGAGAAAGCUAUAAAUCAACCUACACAACUUCAAGCUGAAAAUGGAUACCUUAAUUGGGUAAACCCAUUGAACAUCGUGGAUCAAAGCUUUCUCCAUCUUACUACUAGGCAUUCUGAUUCAUGUAUGGCAACAUUUGAUUUGAACAACAGUGGGGCUAGCUCGUCUAACAUCUUAUCGGUGGAUGCUUCCAUGGGGAAAAUUCCCACCACCGAUGGAGGUACAAAUGUUAGUUCGGAUUCGUUGUUUGUGGACAUUGAUGAAUGGUUGGACUUCUCGAGUGACUUAGCCCAUUGA